AUUCAAUUACUUUUCUGUUAAUAAGAAAUUACUAAUUUAAGGAGAGAUCCAAACAAUUAGUGUUCCAAGAAAGAAAAAGGAGACAGAUCCAUUUUUACAGCCGAAGUAACCGUUUGUUGCGUCUUAACUCCAUCAUUUUCUUUUCCUUUGAAGGAUCAUCCUAAACCCAGAAAAAGCUCACCCUUGAAACAACCUCGUUCUGAUUCUUAUCCUUUCUUCACACGAUCAAUUUCUAAAGAGGAUCUCUAGGAAUGGUGAAACUGGCAACCUUAGGAAAUGUCACUACGACCAUCAUGUUAUUGAUGGUGAUGGUUGAUGUUUUGGUCGGAGCCUUGGACAACAACGUGGUGUACAGUCCAUGUUCAGACACUGAAAUAAGCAAAGGAGAUGGUUUCACCGUAGGUGUUGCAAUCUCAAGCAAAGAAGCUUUCUUCCUUGACCAAAUCCAGCUUUCCCCUUGCGAUUCUCGUCUUGGUUUAGCUGCGAAAAUGGCGCAGCUGGCGCUUUUUAGACCUAAGGUGGACGAGAUCUCUCUUCUCUCCAUCGACACAAGUAAGUUCAACCCGAGUGAAGCAGGAGGACACAUGGUUGGGUUCGCAGGCUCGAAAUACGCAGCAAGAUCUUACCCUGCGAAGGUCGCUGAUGGAAGUCACACAAUCACAUCUUUCACACUUGUGAUGGAGUUUCAGAGGGGAGUGUUGCAGAAUCUGUUCUGGAACAACUUCGGAUGCGACUCGUGCAAAGGAGGAUCGUCUUCCGUGUGUCUGAAUGGGACGGAUUGUGCGGUUCCAACAGCAAAAUGCAAGGCUAAUGGAGGCGAGGCUAAUUGCAACAUUGGAAUCCAGGUGGCGUUUUCAGGGACAGACAAGAACCUUGAGACGUUGAACUCUUGGUACGAGGUGAGAAAUCUGAGGCAGUACUCUCUUACCGACCUCUACGCAAAUGCUGUAAAUUCUUUAACUGGAGGGCUUCUGUAAGAGAGACAAAAAGUGUAAUGCAGAAGCAGUACUAUGUAAUUGAGGUUUCUAAAUAGUUUUUUUUUAAUUAUCUUCCAUGGACAAAUAACUUGCCCUCCAAGUUCACCAAACCAAAUUUUACAUUUCUAUGGAUCAAAUAAUAGAAUAGAAACUC